ACCACCGCAUUUGUCCCUGAAAACGAGAAGCAUAUGCAAUGCGAAAUCACUGGGCGUCCAUGCUGCAUCCAGUUGCAUGGACAGUGCCGCAUAACGACCAGGGAUUAUUGCGAUUUUGUUGAAGGAUACUUUCAUGAAAAUGCCACGCUUUGUUCGCAGGUUCCACUUUUUUUGUGUGCUCCCUCACCGAACGCUGUCAUUUCUGGAUUACAGCAAGGUAAAUUACGAACUAGGAAAUUUAUUCUAUUUCAAAACAGAGGGAAAAAGAGGGAAAUGAGUCUGCAAACUUUUUUGGUACCACUAAUGAAAGAAGUGGAUUUCACAAGUAGCUCAGAGGUGUCAUGUUUGAACGAGGUUUGUGGAAUGCUUCCAUUUUUGCGAAAAAAUCGACCGAAUCAAUGGUAUCGCUUAUUCAUACCGCUUUUUCUGCAUGCCGGUAUUUUGCACUGUUGCUGGACAAUAUUCAUACAGAUUUUCUACAUGCGAGAUUUGGAAAAAUUGCUUGGCUGGGCCCGCAUAUCACUGCUUUAUAUGGUCUCCGGAAUUGGUGGAUAUUUAGCGAGUGCGAUUUUUGUACCCUACAAGCCAGAAGUUGGCCCCGCAGGUUCGCAUGUUGGAAUGUUUGCAGCUAUGUAUGUUGAUGUUGCGUAUAGUUGGUAA